AUGGUCAAAUUCACCGCCUCUAUGGUCGCUCUAGCUCUAGCUAUUACUACCACGGCCGCACCAGCCCCCACAUCCCACACGACCUUCUCCUUUGCGCAAUGGGUUGAAGAUAUCAUCGCCAACCCUGACACAGCUCUGAGCCCCGAAGAGGCAGUUACGGCAGCUAACGCUGCUGAUAUCGUCACCUCUGCCGGCGGUCUCACUAAGAGAGCCUUCUGCCAGGACCUGUUCAAGGAUGCUCCGGCUGGAGAUGCUGCGGCGUGCCUGGACGAUCUCGCCAGGAAGGGCGCCCAGGGUGUCCAGUGCGGCUUGAGUACAUUCGACAUUCAGAUGUGCCGCAUCGGUGGUGCCCAGCUUGCGGCCAGCAAGCGCGACACCAACCCAUUGUCAGCAAACUGUCACGAUGUUGCUCGUACGGGAGGUCUCAUUUUCGACAGCUGCUGGCGUGCCGAUAACACGGUGAAGGGAAGCGAAUGA